AUGCCGCCAUUCCUGCGGCGGGGUAACGUGAGCUACGCGCCGUUGCUAACCUGCGGCAGGUGGCAGAUUCCAAACUGCCGAACCUCGAGCGGUUCGGAACCUCGGUUUGGGUAUCUUCCAGCACUGGUUCCAUUUUGAGAACUAUCUGGAAUUGCCAUUUUUCUGGGCCAGAGGACGCCUUUGGCUCGCCUGUUCAAAGAAAAGCUUGUUUUUUGCGCGUUUGAGGGCUUUUGGCGUAGACUGCGGCGAGCAAGGACGACUUCCCAUUCCCGUCUUCUGAUCCCUCAUCGAUGGGGAUUUCUUCCACGGAAUGCAAUGAGUUUCGGGGAGUUUUUAGUUCCAUAUCAACAAAUAAUUAAAGUAAGAACUUAAAAAAGCGCUAGUAGGUCUCUGCGAGGUUCCUGAGCGCCGACCCUUCUGCGCUCAGCGCGUUGUGGUACGCGAAGACAAGUCGAAGCCCAUUCUGAGGGCCGAGACAGAAACUGUUGACAGCGCGAUGCUGGCAAAGCGAGGACGGAACCUAGCAGAAAACGCCGCGCACGGCCUGCGGAGCUUAGAUUUUAUUUUGAUGGCCGAGCGGGAUGCGCACCGCCUAGGUAGUUUUCCAUAGAUCUUGACUAACUUGAGCUUUUUGCGAUUUUUUUUUGGAUAAAAAACAAAAUGUGUUAUUAAUAUUUGAAAAACACUGAUUUCGAACAUUUUCAGUGACGUUGAAACGACCAGAAGAUGGACGGAUGAGCGACUACAAUCCCAAAAAAGGAUUUUGAAACAGCUUGGGCGAGUUUCAAUCAACCUUGAAAGCAACAAUUUUUAUAAUUUUUAGGUGUUAAUUGAAACUCAACGCUGACUCGAGCCCGGAAGUUGAAGUUCAUUGCGGUUGUUGGGCUUCAAUCUGCCGAAACUGGAGCUUCGUGAAUGGACCAACAGCUGAAAUCAAUAUUGUUAGAGUUUCCUUCAUGUUGUUGAUUUUCGUCAUUUUGUUUUAUUUGGAGAAUAUCACCAGUUUGAACAUUCCUCCCAUUUGCUGGGUUCUAUUUGUUUCAAGUUAUUUUUGAUUUUCUGUUUCAGGUUCACCGGACGAUAAUUGUUGGCCGGCUCCUAAUUUUGAGCGAUUCGCGACGCUCAUCGCCAUUUUCGCGGGGCAUCCUUAUGGCGGAAAGACGAGACUCUGGAUUCAUCGACAAAUCCGACGACUAUUGUUAGAUUUUUUGAAUUUUGUGUAUUUCUGUUUCCAUCAUUUCCGAUUGAAGUUUAUUGGAUCCUAGAAAGAUUGAAAACUCCGCUGUUUUACUGUUUAUAGUUGAUUUCAUGUGUUUUUUCAUCUCUUUUUCUCCAACUGAGUUUAGCUAACUUUUUUUCAAUCGAGAACAAAAAGAGAAAAAUUGAUUGAUUUUCUGUUUCUAAUUGACAAUUUUAAGAAGGUAGCGUUUUGGAUUGGUACCAUGAGUUCGUAAUAAUUUUUCUUUUUAAAAGAGCAAAAAUGCCUUUUUGUGAUUGAGCUUCAUUCCGACGGAGCCUUAAAUUAAUCGUUUAUUUAAAUUUAAAAAAACUUCUGUGAAUUUGAAUCUGAGAAAAAAAGUAGAGUGAGGUUUUUUUUUAAGAUUUAUCAUUGGAUCAUUCCAAAUUCUCCCAAAUAAUUUUCAUUCAAUCCAAUUCAUUCAGAACUUCCUCGCCACGGAUGAUCAAAGGUUGGCUGAACUUGGCGAAGGGCUGCCAAAUUCCAAUCACCUAAAGACGAGAAUCAAUCGUGACACAAGGUGGAGCUGAUGGGACUAUGCAUAUUGGCGCGUUGAAAGCGUGGCAGUUUUUCUCGUUCAUAUGCACGAGCCGUAACGCGGCAAAUUUCCACCGCGUGAUUGGUUGGCUCCGCCCAUCGGGCAGUGAACUCGAAAAUAAAAUUAUAUUGGACAUUUCCAAUCAGCCAAAAAAAGGCGGAGCCAUCCAAUCAUGAAAAAAAGUUCGUUAAAUUUAUGAUGACCUCUUUUUAUUCGAUUUUCGUACAAAGUUUAAAAAACAAGCAUCAAACAUAGUUCAGAAAAACAUUGAAUGACGUAAUAUUUAAUAUCUGAAUGUUUUUUUGUUUUUUUCAUUUUUUUGCCUUUCAGAUCAGUGAUAUCACUGUCCUCCGGCGUCAUAAAUGUCUCGCGGUCGCACCUCAUGAGAUGCUCUUUUUAAGAAGUUACGAAGUAAUAUUUUGGUAAAAUCCAUCGUUUAUUAUUAUUUUUUUCAACCUGACUGCUUUUAGGAACCCAAGUAGAAGUCCUUUGAUUGGCGUUGAACUUGUUCUUACUGAUUCUACUCGAUCUUUCGCGACGCGCAAAGAUGAAUUAAACCGGAACCUAAACCGUUGGUAAAAACUCAAGGUAUAUUUUGUAAAAAAAAAAGAACACAGUCACUAAGGAAUGGUAUUUUCUUGGAUAAUGAUAAUAUUUCAAUUUAUUUUUAAUAAAAAGCUGUGUAUGACAAUUCUCAGCCGUCUUUGAAUAAAAUAUGAUCAAAAAAGAACAUUUGUGGUUUGCUUAUUGUACGGUUUUUUAUUAUCAGUUCAGGAUAGAAAAUUUCUCUUUCACCAAAUUUCAAUAUUUUCAGGAGUGAUACCGAUGCAAGGAGUUUUGCUCGACUUCGGACCAACUAUCAAGCCUCAGCCGCUCAUCGUUUCUCAGCCUCCAGAUAAGGUACUUUUUUUAUUUGACCUAACCCCUCACUCAAUAAAGAUAAAUGGCCCGAAAUUCAUUUUUUAUUUUUUUUUGCGUAUUGUUUGUUUGUUUAUUUUUUUCACAUAGCAAUGCAACAAGCUUACUUGAAAUAGAAGAAAAAAUUAACUUUUCAAAUGCAAAAAAGUUGAAAGUGUAUGCCUGGAACUAGCGGUCCGUUUGAGAAAUCGGACAUGAAGACUAACUGCCGAGAAAAAAGCUAGGGGGCUGGCGGUACACUGGAGAUCUAGUAAGAUCUCGUAAAUUUUCUGCUAUUUGCGCCGGCUGCAUUUUUCAUGGCCACACCUCGAAAUUUAGCGACUAUAGACUGUUCAGAUUGUGAAUGUCAAGCAGCUAACUUCACCCCCCCAAGGCUACAAUAUAAUUCGCGUCAAUGUUUUAUCGCGCGUUGCGAUGCUCCUUUGAAAUGGCUGCAUUUUUUGACUCACUUUUCUAUCUUUUGGAACAAAAAAGAUCAAAAAUCGUCCCGCGCGAUGAAAUAUCGACGCGAAAAGGUACUCGCAUAGUAGCCAGGCGUCUCAACGGGUGUACCCGUAUUAAACCCGUGUUUCUGACAGUGAGGUUAUGUGAGGUUAUUUUAGUAUCAGUUGGGCCAAAAAGGGGGAAACAACGGGUGUAAGAAGAGUAUGUGGCCCAGUGUGCCAAAGCGGGAUCUCAGUUGGGCUAAAAAAUUGCCAAAAAUUCUAUCAGCUAGGAUUAUACGGGUUUAAUACGGGGCAACCGCUGAGACCCCGUGUUAGCACGGCUGGGUUACCCUGUUCAGCAUGCGAGUACCGUCACAGCAAGGGCGGAGUUAGCUUGGCAUUUAAAAUCUGAACAGACUAUAUCAAAAAAUUUUGUAAGAAUUGCAAAGCCGGCGCGGAGCAUUUGCGAGCUCAUAACAUGUGCUUGGGCAUUUAGAGAACUAAUUAGUCUAGGAGGAGGCGUUGACUUACGAAAGUUUGGAUGUAAAAGUAUGCAUGCCAUCCUGAAUUAGAACCCUGAUGUUUAAGUUCUCUUUUAGUUUUGUCAUUACUACCUCCCUGGGUUGAACCUUAUUUCUAAACUUUACAUUUGAAAACUUUGGUAAUCCAAUCCCUCUUCCCGGACUCGUUGAACUCUUCACUUGCUCAUGUACGCAGACUAGUUGUACUUACUGGCUUUCAGGCUUGUGCGUCAGGCCGGGCCGGGCUUCAAUAAAAAAAUUUAAAGUUUUAUUUAAAAAAAUUUUUCACCGAAAUGUGGCUUUUUACUUCUGAAAUCAUAGUUUUUUUGUUAAACUAUUAGUGAAAAAAAUGACCAAAAAAACGUAAUUUUUGUCGUAAAAAAACUUGAUUUCCGACUAGAAAAAAAGUUGCGCACUUCGGGCCGGGCGGGCUUUUUUUUCUUGAGGCCCCACCGGGCCGGGCCGGGCUUACGAAAUGGUCGGGGGGUCGGGAGGGCGACGGGCCGGCCCUCGCACAAGCCUGCUAGCUUUGAAAUUCUUAUUUGAAUUUUUUGUUAACGAUUUUUCGACAUAAGACCGUUAUUUUUGAAACUUUUAAUUUUUUUUAUGUUUCUCUUGCAAUUUUUUUACUAUUUCAGAAUGCGAGUCCUCGUGAAGACGUCGUGUGGAACCAGACGCGAGGAUUUUGUUUCGACUCUUUUUGAAGGCCAACAGCAGCGUCAAGACAAGGUAUGAUUUAGACUUCACCACACCCCUUGCUUAAUAAAGAUUACCGGCCCCAUUUUUCGUAUUUUGGGGUGCCGUGUUCAAAUUAAUCUCCGCGAAAUGCAAAAUUGUUUCUGACUCUCCAAAAUUUAGUUAUCUUGUUCUUUCUAUGUCGGCCAUUUUGCAUUUCGCGGAAUGACUUUGAACACUGCAUGGAUUUCUGUUUUGUUUUCACACGGCAAUACAACAAGCGAACUGCAAAUGAAAAACAAUGAUUGGAACUAACAGUAAUAAAAUUACUUGAAUGCGAGAUUUAAAUUUUGAAAGUUUUUUACUGUGCAUGAAUAUUGCGCUAUAGGCCCUACUGGGCCAGCUUGCUACAAUUUUUGUUCCCCUCAGAGCAGGUGGAUCAUUCCGUUCGAAGUGCGCUUGGUGUUUCUCUGCCUACGUCUUUUAUUUGGCCUAAAAUUUCAGUUGUAUCAUAGGGGCAGGCAUAGAUAAUAUCGCGCGCAUUCAAUGUAAGGAUUCUAUAGCUCAGAGGAAUACGAAAAUCGUGACAAGCUGGCGCGGAAUGGGCUAUACUAACUAGGGAACUACUCGGACUCGGGUACCCGUUUCGAGUUGAAACUUUGGUGGCUUAUAGACCCGGGUAAGAGUACUUGGAAAGAAGAGAUUAUCUGCUAAACCCCAUAGGCUUCUGAGAAAAAACUUUUUGAAAAUGAACAGUUUAGUCUUGAAACUUAUCAAAAUGUUGCUUUCCUCCUUUUUUGGCUGGAAAAAAAGUUUUUUAGAGUGUAUCAUAGCCGAAUCAUCCAAGGAGAUUGUAUUAAAAUAUAAAAACAAGGUAAAAAGCAGUAUUCCGAAAAAAAUUUCAGGCCUAGUUUUCACAUUUCCUACUAAUUUUUUCUCAGUUAUAUAUCGGGUUUAGCAGAUAUUCUCUCUUGUUUUGAAGUAUUAUGAAUUGGGUCUAUAAACCACUAAAGUUUCAACUCGAAACGCGUACCCGAGUCCGAGCAGUUCCCUAGUAAUAAAUCAGAUGAGGCAUGCCAAAAAAAGCUAGGAUUUUAAUACGCGUUCAAAUUUGCUUUCUCCGAUGAUUUAUAAAGCUUAUUCAUGUAACCUGUCCAUAGAGCAACUUUACUGCAAAGUGCUCUUUUUGCGGGAACUCAAACUUUCCUCUCUCCGACUUUGAAUUACUUUUUCUCCAAAACUAGGAAGUUUGGUACUUUUCCAAGUUCAGCGUUCGGUUCGCAAUGAAAAUCUCUACAAAUAACUGCGUUGAACUAAAACACCGUUUUUUACUGCCCCUAUGCCUUUAAAUAUCUCAGUAGGAAACUGCGCAAACUCGCACUCGCUGAUCGUGUUCCAACUUUGGUGGUUCAUAGACCCAAGUAAGGAUACUUAAAGACAAGACAGAUUAUCUGCUAAACCCGAAUGGGCAGGAAAUUCUUGUUGAAAAUGGGCAGAUAGGCCCGAAAAAUUUCAGCAUGCUCUUUUUCUCCAUUUUUUUUUUGCUGAGUAAAAGUGUUUUCCGAUGUUCCUUCAGCCAAACCAUUCAAGGCGAUUGUGUUGAAAGAUGAACUGAGGUAAAACAGUAUUCUGAAAAUUUUCAAAUCUUGUCUUCCAUUCUCAACAAGAUUUUCCUCAUUACCUUAUCGGGUUUCAAAGUAUCCUGGCCUUGGAAACCACCAAUCUCUGAACUUGGUCCGCGAAUACGAGUCUGCGUAGUUCCCUAGCCAGUCUUAGUAUAAUUUUUCUGCUAAUUUUACUGCAUGAAAAUAAAUUUUCUGAUGACUUUUUCAAAUUAAUCAUAUGUUUAAUAUAUUUUUAAUCUUUCCGUUUUUUGAGAGACGUUGGAAAGUGUCCAAUUUUUGAAACCGGAAUGUCUUAAGAAUUGUUUUUCAAUCGCAGUUAUAAGGUUUAUUUUUUCUGGUAUAUCCGAUAAAAUUCCACUAAAAAGGUUGUAAGCAAUACUGCUAUAAUUUGCGAGCGUUUACAAAAAUGCGACUGGUUUUUGUGACCCAACGAAAAUUAAUAAAAAAAGCUUUUCUUUUUAAAUUCCAUCAUUCUGUUAAAACAAAUUAUAUUUUUUUCGAUUUUUUUCUAAUCAUUGUAGUGUUGUCAUUUCUGUAUUUUUUUAACAGUAUCGUUUUUUUCAAACCAUUUUUCAAGAUUUAUUUUGCCCAAUAGUUCAAUUUUUUUCACCAAUUUUUUUCAGGUUUAAUACAAAUAAACUGCAGAAAAAUCGUCUUCAAGUUUUUUUGAGGAAUUUUAUAAAAUUUUAUAAUUUUUCAUCGUAAUGAGUUUAUCAAUUUCGUCGUAGUAAUUUUUUUAAAUCGUUUUUUUCAUAGGGAAGAUAGGAAAAAAACACAAAAUUUGAAAAAAAUAUAAGUGUCAGUAAGAGUGAAAAAAAGUUAAGAAUAAAAACAUGCUCGUUUUUUUUAUCAAUUUGCAAUGGAGAACAAGAAAGCAGUCGCAUUUUGUGAACUUCAUAACAUGCCCGAGCCUUUUUUUCUUUCAAAAUCAGGUAUAUGCAGAAGAAGGUGAACUUUUUAGCUUCAAACUUCGAAUUUCCAUUUCAACCAAAUUCUUCCAGAUUGUGCCGGUCUGCUUUUCUCUGGCUCAUUCGAAAGUCCAUUCGACGCUUGCACAACGACACUUUGUUGCCUCUGGUAAGAGCUUGACUUUUUUUUUUACUAAAUGGAACCUUUUUGCCUAAAAUUCGUUUUUAUGCUGAUGAAUAAAAAAAAGUCAUUUUAUAAAUGAGAAGGUUAGUAUCAGCUCCUUUUACAGAAAUGAGAACUUGCUCCGCCGUAUCUAAAAAUCUGUUUUAAUUUUGAAAAUUUAUAGAAGGAAACCCGAGACAGAUCGUUCAGUAACCAGUCCCAUCGAAAAUGA